CACGUGUAACAAACCUGGCACGAAUAACAUCACUUUGCCAUAGUUUUCAAUUUCGUCUAUCUAGUUUAAUUUUCUUAAAUGACAACAAACUGACAGACCCGAUUUCCCUUUCUGCUUACAGUCAUUGGGUGCCUUCAAAUGAUUGAACAAGCGAUUGAUGUUGCUAUGAGCGCAUUCGUUUCUUUGCAGCUGUGAAAGAACCAAAUUCAGAUGUGUGACAUAAAUGAUCAAAAUUUGAAAGAAAUUUAAAUAUGCAGCGGCAAUUGGAGAUGGAAAAAAGCACGGAAAAUGAAAGUGUAAAAUGUCAGGAUUCCUUUGCACUUUCAGAAGUUGGCAGUCUUUAUUUUGGACCAAAUCCAUCCACUGAAGCUCGAAGACUGAUAGAACAAGCAAAGGAACUAAUCAGAGAGAACACACGGAUUCAAGAAGCCAAAGCUAUGAUACUGCAAGAGGAAGCGGAACUUUACAAUAGAAAAGUUUACUUCAAUUCUGAAAAUUCCUCAAAUGAUGUUUUUCAAGCCGAUGCUGAGCUGCACAGACUGUUGAGCAGAACCAUCGCCUUGUCAGACAAGGGUAAGAAAAUCGACGAUUGCAAGGCGCAAUUGGAAUUAUACUACAAAGAACUGAAACGGCGUAAAGAGUUUCUUCAAGAAGCCAUCAAGAUGCAUGAGGAAAGCCAAUACAGCCAAGGGUGAUCGACCGUAGCCAGUGUCAGUGGUGUCAGAAUAUGAGAUGGAAACCGGCACUGCCGAAGUCGACGCUACCUUCGUUAAAACGGAAAGGAACAUUUGGCGCGAUGUACUCGGAUCUCCGCGGUACGUGAUCGCUCCUAUGGUGGACGCCAGCGAAUUAGCAUGGAGAUUGCUCUCCCGCAGACACGGUUCUCAACUCUGCUAUACUCCGAUGCUACACUCCUCGGUCUUUUGCAGAGAUCCAAAAUACCGCCGCGAGGCCCUCGCCAGCUCCGCGGAAGACCGUCCGCUGAUAGUACAGUUUUGCGGUAAUGAUCCGAAAAUAUUGCUGGAAGCAGCCCUCCUUGCCGAGCCUCACUGCGAUGCCAUUGAUAUUAAUCUCGGCUGUCCACAAGCCAUAGCAAAGCGUGGUCAUUACGGGGCAUUCCUCCAAGAUGACUGGGAGCUUCUGAGAAACAUCGUGCGCAUCUUGAGCCAAGGAAUAAAGAUUCCCGUUACCUGCAAGUUAAGGAUUUUUUCCGAUAUCAAUAAGACAAUCGAUUACGCUCGCAUGCUUGAGGACGCCGGAGCAGCAAUGCUCACUGUUCAUGGACGAACCAGAGAUCAGAAGGGGCCUUUCACAGGGUUAGCAUCCUGGAACCAUAUCAAAGCUGUCAGAGAACGCGUUAAAAUCCCAGUACUCGCAAAUGGUAACAUACAGACAGUACAGGACGCGGAACGAUGCAUUAAGGAGACAAAUGUCGAAGGAGUUAUGUCCGCAGAGGGAAAUUUGUACAACCCUUGUAUAUUUGAAGGGCGUUAUCCACCAGCUUGGGAACCUGCGUCAGAGUAUUUGGACCUCGUCGAAAGAUAUCCUGCCCCAAGCUCUUUCAUACGCGGGCAUUUAUUCAAAUUAUUUCAACACAUACUUUGUCUAGCAGGAAAUGAAGAGGCAAGGGCAAACCUGGCGAGAAAUUCUACAAUGGAAUCGUUUAGAGGUGUAGUGGAGGCUCUUAGAGCUCGAUAUUUGCCCUACCAUGAAGGCCUCAUGCUGUGGGAUGAUAAGAGCAAUGAUUACAAUUUGAAAUUACCGCCGUGGUUAUGCCAGCCGUACGUGCGGGAUUCGCCCCAAAAGCACCUAAUCAAGGUGGAAGCAAAAAAAAGUGAACAGGAAAAUAGCACGAUAAAGAGGAACCUGAAGGACGAAGAUGGUAACGAGAUUUCAAGAAAACGACUCAAGAAACUUCGUCGAAUCGCUAGGCGACCGAAUAGACAGUCUGCGUCUGUUAAACGUGGCUCAGAUCUAUGUACCAGUUGUCCAAACCCAUUGGGAUACAAAUGUGAAUACAAGCUGUGUCGACAGUGUUGCAGGGCGAAGUGCUACCAGGAAAAUUUAGAUUGCACAGGUCACAGAAACCUUGCAAAAACUAGGCGACAAAUGGCUAUUCAAUUUGCGGCAGAGAGACAAGAGAUCGGCAAUGUUAUUUAAUUGACAGAUUAUUGGGGAAAAAAAUUACGUAAAUGCAAAUAAUACAUAACACAAAUAUCGUUGCAUAGUUUCGUUUCUUAUUUCAAUUUCGAAACAUUGGCUCCCCAUAUAAUUUUCCUUCCUUCAGCAACAACACGAAAAUUCUUCUAUUUGGAUUCACUUUAUUUGUUACACUUUUUGUUAACACCCAUCGGGCAAAUAAUAAGUGUGAUUAUUGUAUGUGGGCCUGCGUAGUCUGCUCUUGUUACGUGCGUGAAGAGUGGCGUCCCGUGGGGCCAACAUCCGGCGAAACUGCGCAACGCGGGAUAAACGCCAGCCAAUGAGCAAAUAACUUUCCGUUCGACUUUUUACGAACACAGCAGAAAAUGUUCAAUACCGUGUCCAAAUUUGAGAGCGGUUUAAAUGAACAUUCGGUUCGCAAAUUGUAACCAAACGCCAAUUCUUAACUCUGAACUGAAUUUCGACCCGACUCCAACUCUAUUCUAAUGCAACUGACCCUGUGGUCAUGCAUGAAUAUAAGUAUAUCGGAACCGCACCGUGGUGAACAGCUACGAAAAAAAGGCCGAAGCUGCUGAUCGCACGUCAAUUGAUACGUGUAUGGUGUAAAUUGUCUCAGGCAUCGGAGAAAAAUUUUUUUUUUUUUUCGAGGCAGAGCACACGUCUCAUGCCGCAAAUCUGCAGGGAGCCAUUUCGGAAGCGCAGGUGUGCAAGUCUUCUUACAACUGCGGUAACAGACGGAGAGUAGUUUGCCCGCAGAGUCAUGCAUGCGCCAAGGUGAUGGCCGUAACGUGAACUUACGAUAGAAUGCUACCUGGGUGCUUUUACCGACUCGUCUUAUGGAAUAUUUGGGGUGUGUUAAAUCGGGUCGGCAUUGCCAAAGAAUACGGCAAAUUCGCCCCUGUUUUUCAGCUCCUGCUACGAUGUCUUUACCCGCGAAGCAAAGUUAAUACGGUCAGUAGUUUUUAUACCCUUUAUACCUAAUGUAAUUACAGCCAACGUCACACCGAUCGCGUUUUUUUUUUUUGCACAACGGAUUCAAAUUUAAUUUAAUGCAUAUUUGAGCAUAGUAUAUGCGAGCGAAUACCUCACAAUGCGAAAUUAUUCAUCAUGUGAUUAAAAUUUAAUUAAUUAGUUAACGAAGGUUGAAAAGUUGUAUGGAGAUUAGGGUGGCCCUUGAUAUUGGUAAAAAAAAAAAAAAAAAAUUCUCUUGGCCCUUAAAUUGACUCCAAAUACUAAAAAAUGAUUUUUAAAC